CAUUAUCCAAAGGACAUGAAGGUUGGGAUACCUGUGAUGAUGAGGAAGAUGAAUAUGGCGGCCAGUGAUAAAACGAUCUGUGCUGUGGGAGACGUGCAACAGGACCCAAAUGAUGAUGAAGAUUUUGAACUGAAAGAAACUGAGGCCAUUAAAGAAAGGGAUGGCAGUGCAGACAGUGCUGUUGAGCCGUGUUCAAAAUGUUCCCGUGCUAAAGAAACGAAAGAUCAGUCCACUGAAUGCAUUGGCGAUGGAGGUUCUGGUGAUGAAGGUUCUGGUGAUGAAGGUUCUGGUGAUGGAGGUUCUGGCGAUGGAUGUCCAGCUGAUGAAGAUAAAUCCAAAUCUGGAUUGUCAUGGAAAAAAGCAUGUGCUGUUGGCAUUAUAGCCGGCGGAGCAGCUGUAGUUGCAGCCCCACUUGCUCUUGGUGCUGUAGGGUUCACAGCAGGAGGAGUUGCUGCUGGUUCGCUGGCUGCUGGAGUCCAAUCUGCAGUGUAUGGGGGAGCUGUGGCUUCAGGAAGUGUGUUUGCAGUUCUUCAAAGUGCAGGUGCAGCUGGUCUUGGAGCAAUUGGAAAUGCUGCUGUCUUUUCCUCUGCUGCGACUGCUGCAGGGGGAGGUACCUUCCUAAUUGAUAAGAUUGGUUCAUUAUUCAAGAGAAAAUCAAAUUCAAAAUAAUUUGUAUAUCUGAAUUGAAACUGAGCAUUUUUGCAUGGAUUUAUUUACGGAAUUUAACAAAUAGUAUAUAUAAGUAAAUUAUUAUGAUUUAGUGAAUGACAUAACAAAAUAAACAUUGAAAUAACAAGUAAAUUUAAACUCCAYGGGCAACCUAAUAUAUUUUUAUGUAUGCAGUGUUUUGCUUUCUCUCUUUUUGGGCUUCCUGUGGAAUAUUAUGGGACUUAAACUCACGUACAGGACGAAGAAACUUCCCCCAAAUCCCGGGACUCCUGGGUAAAAGUACCGGGGAUGCUCGUCGGAUCUYGUAGGGGUCAAAAUUCGUGAUUGGGAAUCUUUUAGGGUGCCAAUAUGAAGYUUAUGGAAAAGAAGAGAUAUUGAUUCUUCUUUGCGUUUUUAUCAUUGAAACUGAUUUAAUUUAACGAUAUCUGUUCUGCAAUCUC